AUGAAGAGCAUCUCCAUGAACAAGCGAGAAAGGUCUCCCAUAAAGACCAGAUACUCUCCCUCUGAAACCCCGCUCAGGCCUCUGCAGCUGGUCCCAGACCAGGUCCCAGACCAGGCCUCAGAUCUCAUCAUGAAGAACCAUGAGCUCUCCUCUCAGUGGGAGACCAGUCAGAUCCAGGAUCUAGCGUGGGGGGUGUCCAGACAUAUUCUCCAGGACAAAGACCUGUCUCCGACACAUCCUCUGGUGACGAAGCUGUCUCAGCGACUGGAGGAACAAAUGUGGGAGUGGAGGAUAAAGGAGAGUCCGGACUGCAUCAAAAGAAUCACUUGUGACGUUUACAAAGAGCUGUGCUCAGGAAACAAGAAGACAUGGGUCCACUUUACUGCUUUGAUCCACGAAGGUUUCAGCGACUGCAUCAUCUCAGAGAUCCACAACCGCCUGGUUGGACCCAAGAAGAAGAGGAGCAGACUGAGCUCCUUCUUCCACUCAGUCCGCCACGCGCUGUGUAGAUACUGUUAA